AUGGUAAGGAGCUGCCCAUUGCCCGAAAACUCUUGUGGCAAGUUACCUAUUACCGCUGAGUUAGACAAGACCAAGGGGCGGACGCGCCAUCGC